UUGUCAUUGAAAAUAUUAUCAAUUGUUCGUAUCUCGAUUUACCUCUGUACAAAACAAAAAUUCCACUUUCAACAACCUUCGUUUUAAAAUUUUUCCUGUCAAUAAUUAUUUUUAACUAUCGAAACUAGAUCCUAUUUAUUACCGCAGUGUGUUGUUAUCGUCGUGAGCCAAAUCAAUUACGUUAUGUACGUGGAUAUGCGGUACUCGGGUACCUACUACGUAUUUCAUUUGCGAAGGCCGCUUCAAUACGGAGAAUGAAUAACCGGGUUAUAACCGUUUCCGUACCUGCAAUGUCGGUAUUGUGCAACGCAGCCGUUACUACAACGCUCUUGAACGUAACUCGUGAAAUAAAUUCAUCACGAAAUCACGCAACGUGUAAUAAGAGUGACGUGCUUCCGGCAACCGUUCUCGCAAAUUGCAUCUCCGACCAACUCGAACGAUUCGAGCUCUCCUGCUGGCUGAGUUAGGUGAUUAUGGACGGGAAAAUCGACGGACGUGAACCGCGAGACACCGAGUAUGGAACGGUGCAAUAUGAGGAGACCGAGCCACCCAGCUGGAUGUUUUGGAAGAAGAGGCGUUACGUCCUGGCAAUAUUGGCCUUCUUCGGCUUUUUCACGAGCUAUAUUCUUCGGGUGAAUUUGAGCAUCGCCAUCGUCGCCAUGACCGCGAACAACACCAAAACCGACGAUGACGGCAAUACUUACUACGAGCAAGAAUUCAACUGGGACUCAAAACUCCAGGGGUUGAUACUGAGCUCCUUUUUUUACGGCUACAUCACGACGCAACUGUUCGGUGGAUUGCUGGCAUCGAAAAUUGGGGGAAAAAGAGUUUUCGGUGGUGGCAUAGCCGUGACGGCCCUUCUAACCGUCAUCACACCGCCCCUGGUGCGAGUCAAUGUUUACAUUCUCGUUGCUCUGCGAAUCAUCGAAGGUGUCUUCGAGGGUGUCACAUAUCCAUGCAUUCACGCGAUAUGGGCGAAGUGGGCACCGCCGUUGGAAAGAUCGAAACUGGGCACCCUGGCGUUUUCCGGAAGUUUCAUAGGAACCGUCGUCGCGAUGCCCGUCAGCGGUAUCAUGGCUGAUCGCCUGGGAUGGGCGUCGAUUUUCUACUCCUUCGGAGCAUUCGGCAUCAUCUGGUACAUCGUGUGGACGAUUUUCGUCACCGACGACCCGGAGGACGACCCCUACAUCUCGAAAGCGGAGCUCAGACACAUAAAGGGGUCGCUUAACCAGGUUGACAACGAGAAAGUUGUUCAUCCUUGGAAAGACAUCGUAACCUCGAUGCCAGUCUGGGCAAUAGUUGCAGCUCACUUCAGUGAGAAUUGGGGAUUUUACACGAUGCUGACUCAGCUGCCUACAUUUUUAUCGGAUACACUGGACUACAAACUUGAGAAAAGCGGAUUUGUGUCUGCGUUACCCUACCUGGCAAUGGCCAUAAUGCUUCAGGCUGGAGGAUACGUUGCAGAUUAUUUACGAGAGCAUAAGAUACUGACGACAACUCAGGUCCGCAAGACCUUCAAUUGUCUGGGCUUCGUCAGCCAAACGAUAUUCAUGAUGUGCGCAGCUUUCAUAAUGACUCCGGUCAGCGUCAUCCUCUGCAUCACGAUCGCCAUUGGCUUGGGGGGUUUAUCCUGGGUUGGCUUCAGCGUUAAUCAUCUCGAUAUUGCACCGCAACAUGCGAGCGUUCUCAUGGGAUUUGGAAACACCAUUGCCACCGUACCUGGUAUCGUCAGUCCCAUCAUCACCGGAUACAUUGUUCAAAAUAAGUCUGCUGCCGAAUGGAGGAUAGUCUUCAUCAUCGCGGCGACGAUCUACAUAGCAGGUGCCGUAAUAUAUGGAAUAUUUGCCUCCGGGGAAGUGCAGCCCUGGGCAAUGAAGUCGAAGAACAGAAACGAGACGGGGUACGACAAUCCGGCCCUCGAAGUGGAGACGUUCACUAAGUGAAUAGGUCAGCGGUUUCAGAAACUGCGUAAUUUCCGCAUUCGUCUUCCGUACCAGAGAGACCAGUAAAUCGUAAUCUUCACUCUGAAGCAGCACAUUGGGAAAUGUCAACGAUGCGUGUCACGCUGAAGUCGAAAGACGGUGUUUUCAAUGUGCGGCUGUGCACGAAGUAAACGCAAAUUUCCAUGAUUUUCACGAUUACAUGUAUUACGGUCGUGAUUCGGACGAUUGUGUAGGUAUCAAAUUGCAGGUCAUAGUGUAUACGUGUAUGAAUGGUGAAUUAAACCUCGCAAAUGACUUAAAAUAAAGCACUUUAUUUUUGUUACA